UUUGAACAUGAUGUAAGUCAUUCCAUCAAGAUAUCAGAGCCUCAGUCGAGUGAGCUACAGUUCUUUUCCAUAUCGCAGUUGAGGGCGCAAGCACAAAUCCGUUCGACAAUCAUGUUGGCUGUGAGAAAUAGGACGAAGCUGAUAGUCGGCAUUGACUACGGUACAACAUAUUCAGGUCUCAGCUUUGCGCUCUCCAAUGCCGCAGACUUCAAAGACAUUCACCCAUGGACAAAAUACCCCGGCUCAUCAACCCACAUCGCAGAACACUGCCAUAAAGCUCCAUCAUGGGUCGCCUUCAAAGAUGAGAAUCCCGAUCUCGAUGAGAACGCGUGGGGCUAUCAAAUCGAGCCUGGAAUGAAGACCUACGCAUGGACAAAGCUCCUCCUCGAUGAUCAAGCACUCGCGACAGAGUAUGAUGAUCCUGAUCUUAACAAGGCCGCUGGAAAUGGACUUAUGAGAUUACCAUCUGGCAGAACUGCCAAAGACGUCGUCACUGAGUAUCUCAAGGGUAUGCAUUCUAUGUAUAAGAAGGCUGUCAUUGAGAAGAUCGGGGAGGAUAAGCUUGAUGAUCUACCUGUUGACUUCUGGCUGACUGUUCCGGCGACUUGGUCGGAGAGAGCGAAACUGAUUACAAGGGCUGCGGCGUUGGAUGCUGGCUUUGCAUCGAGGCCUAUUGAUCGCUUGAGUCUAAUUACGGAACCAGACGCUGCUGCGCAUAUGGCUUUGAAGUCCAGUAUUCAUCACGUUGAAGACCUUAUUGAUGUCGGCACGGGCGUGAUGGUUUGUGAUCUUGGUGGUGGUACUGUCGAUAUCACGACAUCAGAAGUAGUCAGAAAGUCACCUUCUCUAAAGCUGAGGGAGAUAGCUAUCGGAGCAGGCGGUAAAUGCGGCGGGACAUUCGUCGACCGCAAUCUCUACAAACUCCUCUCCGAACGCUUCGGAACUGCAUUCACCGACCUCGGUCCACAGCAUGUUGGGCCCGGCAGUCAAUUCAUGGACCAAUUCGAGAUGCACAAACGAGACUUCAGCCUCGACACACCGAGCAGGAAGUCUUACAAAAUAACCCUACCAAUGCGAAGACUGGUGGUCACUCCAGAGAUUGAGAAGUACUACGAUCCUGACUUUAACUGGGUGCUUUUGAGCAAAGAUGAUAUGAAGAGUCUUUUUGAUCCAGUUAUCGACGUCAUUCUCAAGCUUGUGAAAGAUCAGGUUGAUCAAGUCAAAAGAGAUAAUGAGCCCCGAAUCAAGACUAUGUGUCUGGUUGGUGGGUUUGGUUCGUCGCCCUACGUCAAGGAGAGAUUGCUUGAAUGGUGCUCCGAACAAGAGAUACGGCUGACGACACCGUGGACAGGAGCUUGGGCAGCUGUUGUUUGCGGUGCUGUGUUGCGGGGUGUCGAAGGGUCUAUGUCCAAACAGAAAAAAUGUCGUCGGCAUUAUGGACAUACCAUGUCUCGAACAUAUGAUCCAGCUGUGCAUUUCAACUUUGAUGAGAAUAAGCGAAGAUUGUGGAAUGAUCCCUGGACAAAGGAGCAGAAUCUCUCUGGGUUCAUGAAUUGGGAGAUCGCAAAGGGCGCCCUCCUCGACGAUGAUACCGAGAUUAGCACGAGUUUCUACUCACACUUCUCAGAAUACUUUGACGGAAAGCAUACGCAUGACCUUUUCUCUUGUAGCUUGGAUGAGGCACCUGAGACUAUUGAGAACGAACGAAUCGAGAAAGUUGGGGAAGUCUUGUAUACCAUUGAUGGUAUCGACAAGACCAAGAUCAAGAGCAUACAAGAUGCAAAUGGUAUCCACUGGUAUCAACUACUCCUCACAUUGACGAUCCGUCUAAGUGACGAUGAGGUUGGUGUAUUAGUCUGUCGAAUCUACUAUCGAGGAAAGGAAGUUGGGAAGGCAGAGAUAGGGUAUUCUUUCACGUAAUUGUGUUCCAUCGUCUAUCUGGUUAUCUGGUUUUGCGGCGCCGCUUUGUGAGGCGUUGAAGGUUGCUAGUCUUCUAGUCAAUUCUGUAAUGGUGUUAGUCGUGGCUGCCUAUUAUGGUUCUUGAGAAACUAAUAGAUGCAUUGAAUGUAUACUGCCUGGAGUU